AUUGGUUUUUCGCAGAAAAACACGGGUCAGAAUGAGGGCAGGCCGAAACUGGAUCUAAGCGUGGAGGCGGCCUGGGCGCAGGGUGCCACUGGAGUCAAUGUGACCACCGCCAUCAUGGACGAUGGUGUUGACUACAUGCAUCCUGAUUUGAGGCACAAUUUUAAUGCAAGAGCGAGUUACGAUUUCAGCAGCAAUGAUCCAUACCCGUACCCAAGAUAUACCGACGAUUGGUUCAACAGCCAUGGCACCAGAUGUGCAGGAGAGGUUUCUGCAGCCAGAGACAACGGAAUUUGCGGCGUAGGGGUGGCUUACGGAUCUCAAGUCGCAGGGAUCCGAAUGUUGGACCAGCCUUACAUGACUGACCUGAUCGAGGCCAAUUCCAUGGGCCACGAACCGCAUCUCAUUGACAUCUAUUCAGCAUCUUGGGGACCAACAGAUGAUGGGAAAACUGUGGAUGGUCCAAGAAACGCCACAAUGAGAGCCAUUGUUCGUGGUGUCAAUGAGGGUCGGCGAGGAUUGGGCAACAUUUACGUGUGGGCCAGUGGGGACGGCGGCGAAGACGACGACUGCAACUGCGACGGCUACGCGGCGUCCAUGUGGACCAUUUCCAUCAACUCCGCCAUCAACGACGGCGAAAACGCGCACUAUGAUGAGAGCUGUUCAUCCACACUCGCGUCUACUUUCAGCAAUGGCGCCCGAGAUCCGACCACUGGCGUCGCAACAACGGAUUUGUACGGGAAAUGCACUCGAACCCACUCAGGAACGUCGGCUGCUGCACCUGAAGCCGCAGGGGUUUUUGCUCUGGCCCUGGAAGUCAACAGCCAGUUGAGUUGGCGGGAUAUCCAGCACUUGACCGUGUUGACCUCGAAGCGGAACUCGUUGUAUGAUGGCAAAGGAAGGUUCCACUGGCUCAUGAAUGGAGUGGGACUGGAGUUCAACCACCUUUUCGGAUAUGGGGUACUGGAUGCGGGUGCCAUGGUCGCUCUGGCGAAGCAGUGGAAAACGGUACCAGCCCGGUUCCACUGCGAGGGCGGCACGAAGCAGGGUCUCUUUGAAAUUCCGAGCAACUCGUCAGUGUUCCUGGAAAUUGAAAGUCCGGCUUGCGUUGGCACUGACACCGAAGUCAACUACUUGGAGCACGUCCAGGCUGUGCUGACCAUCAACGCAACUCGCAGGGGUGCCAUUCAAAUGUUCCUCACAUCCCCCAUGGGCACCAGAUCAAUGAUUUUGAGCCAGAGACCGAGAGACGAUGAUUUGAAGGAUGGAUUCACAAAAUGGCCAUUCAUGACCACUCAUACUUGGGGCGAAAACCCUCGAGGUGUUUGGACUUUGGAGGCAAGUCAAAGUAUAUCCAGCUUCACAAAAAUGAUUUACAAAGAACUUGCUAUACUGAAGAAAUAG